CUACACUUCCUCCUACCCAAGGACAACCUCCACAACCAUCACCAUGUGUGGCAGCUACUACGGAAACUACUAUGGCGGCCGUGGCUAUGGGUGCUGUGGCUACGGAGGCCUGGGCUAUGGCUAUGGAGACCUGGGCUGUGGCUAUGGCUCCUGCUGUGGCUGUGGCUUCCGCAGACUGGGCUGUGGAUACGGCUGUGGUUAUGGCUACGGCUCCCGCUCCCUCUGUGGCUGUGGCUAUGGAUGUGGCUCUGGCUAUGGCUCCGGCUUUGGCUACUACUACUGAGGACACCGUGGGAGACUCAUCGUCUAUCCUGUGACAUCUGGAUUCACCAGUUCUGAACCUCAGAUGUUUUGAGCUCAGGAUUGGAUGAAGAUUCUCUUAUAUUAAAAGUUUCUGAUGUUAUUUUUCUGAAGAUCUGCCCCUCAACACCACUAUCCUCUGGAUCUAAUAUUUUCAACUUCCUUUUUUGAAUGUAAUGCUUGAAAAUUAAAAUAAUGUAAAAUUUA